AUGGCCGAGUCUGACCCGCUGGAAAGUUUGCAGAAAGAAGCAUCUUGUUCAAUCUGCCUGGAUUAUUUCAGCGACCCAGUGUCCAUCAAUUGCGGGCACAGCUUCUGCCGGGACUGCAUCACGCGAUGCUCGGGAAAAUCAGACCGGAGGUUCGCCUGCCCGCAAUGCCGAGGAAUUGCCCAGAAAAGAAAAUUUAGACCAAACCGUGAGCUGAGGAACCUGGCGGAGAUCGCCAAGAAGCUGAGCUUACGGACAGGGUACGGGGACGGGGUCAGCAACCUCUGCCCGAAGCAUCAGGAACCGCUGAAACUUUUCUGCCAGGAGGACCGGACGGCCAUCUGCGUGGUGUGCGACCGCUCGCACGCUCACCGCGCUCACACCGUCGCACCCAUCGAAGAAGCCGCCCAAGAGUGCAAGGAGCAAAUCCAGAGCAAACUGAAGAGCCUCAAGGAUGAAAGAGAAAGACUCCAAGGAUUAAAACUGACUGGGGAGAAGAGAAGCCAGAAGUAUCUGCAGCAGACAAGAGCCGAGAGGUGGAAAAUUAUGUUGGCGUUUAAGCAGCUGCAUCAGUUCCAGGAUGAGCAGGAACGUCUUCUCCUGAUGUGGCUGGAAGAUGUGGAGAAGAAGAUAGUGGAGACCCAGACGGAGAACGACAGGAACAUCUCUGCGGAGAUCUCCCACUUGGGCAACCUCAUCAGGGAGCUGGAAGGGAUGAGCCCACAACCGGAGAAUAAAUCCCUGCAGGAUGCCAGGAGUGCCUUGGCCAGGUGUGAAGCAAGGACUUUCCAGCAACUGACAGAGAAAUUUCCCAGGGUGGAAAAGAAACUGAAGGAUUUAUCUCAGAAAAACAUCGUUCUGAAGGAAGCCCUGAGGAAAUUCAAAGCAAACGUGACUCUGGAUCCAGACACAGCAAACCCCCACCUCGUCCUCUCCGAGGAUCGGAGGAGCGUGAGGUGGGAUGAAACGCCCCAGAAUUUGCCCAACAAUCCCCAGAGAUUUGAUACCUACUGCUCCGUCUUGGGUUGCGAAGGCUUCACGAUGGGGAGGCACUACUGGGAAGUGCAUCUGGGGAGCAGGGGAUUUUGGGCAGUCGGGGUGGCCAGAGACUCAGCGUGGAGAAAGGGAUGGAUUAACCUCGACCCUUCCCAGGGGAUUUGGGCUGUUGGCAUCUGUGGGGACAGGUUUCAAGCUUUCACCUCCUUUGAAACAGUUCAGCCUCUGAAUGGGAGGCCAAGGACUAUCCGGGUCUCUCUGGAUUACGAGAAGGGACACGUGGCUUUCUUCGAUGCUGAUAAUGAGACCUUGGCUUUUGCUUUUCCUCCGACUUCUUUCAAUGGAGAGAAAAUCCUGCCUUUCUUCUGGGUUUGGGAGUCCAGGAUCCAGCUGGUUCCCUGA